UGACCAUUCUAAUUACUUCUUCUACUUCAAUCACACACGACAUACAGACAAACAAAAAAACACAAUGCAGAUACACAAACUCUGUUUUCUUGCUCUGUUCUUUUAGCUAAUGCAGCUUCAUGGUAGCAAUUUGGGCCAGCACCACUAUCAUCGUUCUUUAAAAUAUAAUAUAUAUAUAUAUAAGGGAUAUCAAUUUGGGCCAAAACAUUUACAGGCCCUUGUUCUUCAUGUUUCUUGUUUGAUUGCGUCAGGCCCAUUAAGGCCCAGCAUGAGUGUGAAGUUGACAAACCCAACAUCGACAAUCUCCGACAACCAACCUCUCUCUUUCUCAUGUCGUGAAAAUCAACACCACCGGAUCGCCACCUCCUCCGCUGAUCUACUCCUUCUCCGGUUAUCAUCUCCGUCUCACUCCUCCGAGCUUUCUCUCGUUUCGGACAUGGAGAGAAGAUGUUUUCCUUUUCUGAUCCGGUGGACUCCUGUCCCUACUCCGGCGAGUAUAUCUGUUCAGGCUUCUCCGACGAAAUUGACAGCCUUUCCGGCCAUGCUCCGGCGAGUAUAUCUUUUUCCCAUCUAAUUGCUAUCACUGGCUCCAUAUAAAACUUUGUCUAACAUUUUCUUCUAAUUAAUUAGUACUAUUUUCAAUUUAACAUGAAAACGCUAUAUUUAUUUAUUUUCCAACAAUUUUUUUCAAAAAUGAGAUAAUUAUUUCACAUUGUUUGUAACUACCGUUUAUUUCUUUGGUAAUUUGUGUUAGCUAUGAUUAUUCCACAAUUUAUAAGUUUUUUUCGCUAACGAUGAAACUUUUCUAAAUCUAAUCCGAUAUACUCGGAUCAAUAUUUAAUUUCAGUUUCGAUAAAUUUUAAAAAUCCUUAUACCCACCGUCUUAUUUUGUUCUUAAAUAAGAGACAUUAACUAACUAACUCAAUCUCUUACGAAAUUUACUUUUAUUUUUUUGUCAAAGCUCCAAAGUUACUUGAUGACGAUGCAUGGAAGAAACAAGCGCAAAGAAAGAUCCUCGCCGGAACCGCAAACGCAACCACCGUCGGAGAAUUCUUCUUCUUCUUGUUUGUCAGCUGAUAACUUGUCUCCUCCGUCGACGAUGACGUACCUAUUACCGCCAGGUUUUAAGUUUAUGCCAUCUGAUGAACAAGUUAUCUUUUGUUACUUGAAACCCUACUUGGACGGCAACAAGAACGUAUUGCUCGAUGUUCCUAUUCAUCUCGUCAAUAUUUACGAGUCGAAUCCACAACAACUUUCAGUGGAAUUUGAUAAGGGUAACGACAAAGAAUGGUUCAUUAUAACGGAGAGGAACAAAGUUGAUCAAGGUUUAAGCCAAACAAAGAGAGUUGGUAAUGGUGGGACAAAAAGGCAGAAACGUGGCGACACUAAAGGAGGAUAUUGGCACGCAACAGUGGGUGCACAUGAGAUCAAUGCUGGAGAUAUCGUUGGCUACAAAACGGCAUUUGCAUACUACGUUAGGGAACAGUCAGCCGACGUCAAAACUGAUUGGUUAAUGCUUGAAUACUCGUUGUAUAACACUUUUCACAACAACGACAAGGAUUACACUUUGUGCAAGAUCUAUCUGACUCCACAAGCAACAAAGAAGAAGAAGAAAGAAGUGGAAGAGCAGAAGAAUGAAGAAGGCGUUAUUUCAGUCGGAGAAAGAUCCUCGCCAGAACCGCAAAGGCAACCAACGUCGGAGAAUCCUUCUUCCUCUUCUUCUUCUUUUUCUUCUUUGUCAGCUGAUAACUUGUCUCCUCCAUCGACGAUAGCGUACCUAUUACCACCAAGUUAUAAGUUCCUGCCAGCUGAUGAAGAAGUCAUAUUUUAUUACUUGAAACCCUACUUGGACGACAACAAGAACAUAUUGCUCAAUGUUCCUAUUCAUCUCGUCAAUCUUUACAAGUCGAAUCCACAACUACUUUCAGUGGAAUUCUGUAAGGGUAACGACAAAGAAUGGUUCAUUAUAACGGAGAGGAACAAAGUUGAUCAAGGUUUAAGCAAAACAAAGAGAGUUGGUAAUGGUGGGACAACAAGGCAGAAACGUGGCGACACUAAAGGAGGAUAUUGGCACGCAACAGUGGGAGCCCAGGAGAUCAACGCUGGACAAGGUGUCGUUGGCUACAAAACGGCAUUUGCAUACUACGUUAGGAAACAGUCAGCCGACUUCAAAACUGAUUGGUUAAUGCUUGAAUACUCGUUGCAUCACACUUGUCACAACAACGACAAGGAUUACACUUUGUGCAAGAUCUAUCUGACUCCACAAGCAACAAAGAAGAAGAAAGAAGUGGAGGCGCAAAAUAAGAAGCAGAAGAAAGGACAAGGCGUUAUUUCAGUUGCACCUGUGGAAGCAUUGGAAGAGCAGCAGCCUCUUAAUGUCGAGUAUCCACAACCGCAUCAAUCGCAAGCCCUGCUGGAUUCUUAUCAACCGCAGCCUCAUGAUAUUGCCUUUCCGCAACCGCAGUUUUCGCAAUGCCCGCUAGAUUCUCAGCAACCGCAGCCUCAUGAUUUGGCGUAUAAGCAACCGCAUACUCCGCUGCUUUUGCUUGACUCAUUAGAAGGUCUUGUGUCUUUUGAGAAUGAGUAUCAGCAGGAACAACAGAGUCACAUGAUGAUGAUGCAAGAUUCAAGAUCCAGGAUGGCAAUGACGAGCUGGAGAAACGACGAGAGCACCCAAGAAGACUUGUUGGAUAUGUUAAAAGAUGACAGAUUCUUUAGCAUGGAUGAAUUAUUCAAUGAUGUGGACAAGGCCAGUCCUAACAAUUUCGAGGCGUAAAACAAAAUUUAAAAAAUGUGUCAUACUAUUUAUGUUUAU